AUGUCCCAUUAAGAUCGGAGGAUUGAAACUUUGCCUCAAAGUUUGAAAUUUACAGCUCUGCUGUAAGCAUCUCUUCAUCUUCCUCUUCCUUCCUUCCUUCUCGGUGGACUGCACCUUUCCUCUCCUCCUCUCCAUCUUUUCCUUCCCUCCCCUUUACAUUUCCUUCCCACGCUGACUCGCAAUUCGCCCUUCCGCUCUUCUCUUGCCUCUGCUUUCCUUCUCCCUUUAUAAUUCUCGCCCAUAAUGUCUGAGAGAGUCUUCCCUUCCUCUAAAUCCGCCGCUAACGGCACCGCCGCCAAUCCCACUGCUGCCCCCGCCAAUCCAGCUGCUCCUCCUAACAAAUCUCAUCUCUAUAACCCAACUGCCCGCCCCCCUUACCGUCCACAGUCUUAUAAUCGCCGCCGUACCCGUAGUGGCCGGAGUAUUUGUUGUUGCUGCUUCUUCUGGAGCCUACUUAUCCUCCUAGUGCUCAUCCUCCUCGCCGCAAUUGCUGGAGCUGCUUUUUACAUUAUGUACCAUCCCCACCGACCUGUGUUUUCCAUUCCUUCUCUCCGCAUCCACCGCCUGAAUCUCACUACCUCCGCUGACUCCGUCUCUUCUCACCUCUCCACCCUCCUCAAUCUCACUAUCAUCUCGAAAAACCCCAAUUCCCACAUGACCUUCUUCUACGACUCCUUCACUAUAGCUUCAUUCUCGAAUGAUGUGUUUCUCGGGAAUGGGACAUUACCUGCCCAUAGCUUGAGCAAGAAGAACGAGACUAGCUUUCGAAACGUAGUGAUUUCAGGGUCGAAUGAUCUGGAUGCGGAGUCGGUGAACACAUUGAGAUCGGAUCUGAAGAAGAAGAGCGGUGCGGUGACAUUGAAAAUUCAGUUGGAUACUAAAGUGAAAGUGAAGAUGGGUGGAUUAAAGACGAAGAAGGUGGGGAUUAGGGUUACGUGUGAAGGAAUUAAAGGGGCUGCACCAAAAGGCAAGUCUCCGACGGUGGCUGUAACCACUUCAUCAAAAUGUAACGUUGAUCUGAGAAUCAAGAUCUGGAAGUGGACAUUCUGAUCUGCUAAUUACUGUAUGCUUGUUUUCUUUAUUUUCUUUAAUUUUUUUGGGGGUUUGUAAACUUCUGAUGAGAAUUGAGGUGCAAUUAUGAGUUUGGAAAAGGAAACUGUGAUUGUUAGUAGAUUAAUUGAAGGAAAGAAGAUGAAGAAGACGAUUGUUGAAAUCAAGAAAUUUUCAAUUUUUUAUGUUU